CUUUUGUUUCCUUGAACUCGACACCUUCAGUUUAUUCAAUGUUUGCUUCGAAAGUGUGCUCCUCGUGACCUAACUCCCGGAAAUUCACUGUUAAUCCCUUUCUGUCGUAAAUCAGUGGUAAUGAUAAAGAUAAGAAAGAUAAGAGAAUGUAUGAACAACCGGAGUUCGUUACACCAUGGGUUCAAAUGCGGGCGACGGAAGAGUGCAUGGUGAAAGAGGCAAAACAGUAUCCCAUGUUGGAACCAUUCGCUCCUCGCCACUCGAUUUCGUACUUCAACAAUAACAAAGAAGACAGUACAAGAUCGGCGUACGAACGUCUUCACAGUGGCGUUUUCGAUCCUAGUAAAGCAAGAUGCGAUCGUACUAAGCCCAGCCUUUACUGGCUGGAGAUCUCGAAAGAGAACAAAGGUCACAAGGUCCCAAUGACUACUAAUCUCUGGUACGGUCGACCGAACAGGGUCCAAGUCGAUUUCCCCGAGAAGAAAUUCAAUCGAUCGAACAAAAUGCGAGAGUUCUACAGCCGGAAAUUCCGUCUAAUCGAUGAGGACGAACGGAAAGUCGUGGUCUGCUAGGCAAGUUUCCCCUGGCUUCUUGCUAACGAUCGAUCGCAAGCUUUCUUUCUUCUACUGAAUCAAAUAAUCCAGGAAAAGGGAGCGAAGGAAAAGUUACCGUUAGUGGGUCCAUUCGAUAAAAUCCGGCCCCCAGGACGUUCCUUAAAAUUAAACCCUUGUCAUACGAUCAUAAACACAUCUCACAUAAAAUUUGCCAUUAUUCCCAAAUGUUCGAAAUUUUUUUCAAUAAAAAAUUAUUAUUUGAAAAUAAAUUCCAUACACCAGCAGCCGGAUAAUUCAUUU